AUGACGAUUGACAAAAGUUGGAUGAGUUUGACGAAUCGAAUCUCUCGUGAAUAUAAAAAUGGUGUUUGGAUGUUUGUAGCACGUGUUGUUGAGUACAUCAAUGAAGAGGGGAAAAUAAGAUGUCCAUGUAAUAAUUGUUUGAAUCAUCGGCUACAUCCACCGGGCUUAGUAGAGAUACACCUAGUACGAUAUGGCAUACAACAGUCAUACAAAAUAUGGGAUUAUCAUGGUGAGCAAUAUGAACAUCCACCAAUAGAGCAUGAAGAUUUAUCUGAUAUUGAUGCCCCAGAUGAAAUGACAAAUGUUCUAGAUGAUUUGACAGGACCAGUAGAGAUUGGAGAAUCCAGUGAGUCUAUUCAACAAGAAGGUUUCCAAACUGAGAAUUUCGAUGAUAUGUUGGAGGAAAUUGAAAAAGAACUAUAUCCUGGAUGUGUAAAUUUCUCGGCACUUAAUUUCUUGGUAAAAUUAAUGCAUGUGAAAGGACUCGACAAGUGGAGUAACAAGUCUUUUGAUAUGUUACUUAAGUUAAUGAAGCAAGCAUUUCCUCAAGCAAUAUUACCCGACUCACACUAUGAGGCAAAGAGAAAGCUCCGUGAAUUGGGACUAGGGUACGAGUCAAUUCAUGUUUGUGAACAUGAUUGUGCUCUUUUCUGGAAAGAAAAUGUUGGGUUUGAGAAUUGUCCUAUAUGUGGCUCGAGUAGAUGGGUUGACAAAAAUGCAAAAGGGAAAAAGAUACCCAAAAAGGUGAUGCGAUACUUUCCCCUAAGUCCUAGAUUAAAGCGUUUGUAUAGUUCUAGGCAUACUGCAAAAGAUAUGAGAUGGCAUGAUGUUGAGCGACCAAAAGAGAAUGGUGUUUUAAGACACCCAACAGAUGGUUCUGCUUGGAAGAUGUUUGAUAAUAAAUUUCUAGUAUUUGGCAUGGAUCCUAGAAAUGUACGUCUUGGUUUGGCAACAGACGGUUUUAAUCCAUUUGGCAGCAUGAACACUACUUACAAUAUGUGGCAUGUUAUAGUUGUUCCAUAUAACAUGCCACCUUGGAAGUGUAUGAAGUCUGAAAACAUGAUGUUGUCUUUAUUAAUACCUGGACCGACAUCUCCUGGAAAAGACAUGGAUGUGUUCCUUCAACCACUUAUAGAGGAGUUAAAAAAAUUAUGGGAAGGUGUGAAUACUCGAGAUGCAGUAACUAGUGAUAUUUUCUUAAUGCAUGCAGCAGUUUUGUGGACCAUCAAUGAUUUCCCUGCGUAUGCUUUAAUGUCUGGAUGGAGUACAAAAGGGUAUAAAGCAUGUUCAACUUGUAAUGAAGAAACUCCUUCAAAAGGCAUAAGGAGUAAGAUAGCUUAUAUUGGACAUAGAUGUUUUCUUCCUCUAAAUGAUCCAAUGAGACGAAGCAAACAAUUUGAUGGUCAGAUGGAAAGGAGAUCUCCUUGUGAAAUAACUGCUAAAGAAAUAUUGGCUCAGUUAGAACAUGUGAUGUUGGUAUUCCGGGAAAACACAAGCAAUAUGGAGGUAUAA